AUGAAGUCCAGCAGCACCGUCAACGGGCUCGACCGGUCACCCCCUCCCUGGUUCGAUACAGUCCGGGUUUCCAUGCUGUCCAUCACCCUUUUCCUCAUCCUCGCUGGUAACAUCUUCUGCUUCUUCGUCAUCCGGAGUUCCCCACAGUUGCGCAAGGUGAGCCGCAUAUUCAUCGUGUCGCUGGUUAUGGCGGACCUGUGCGCUGGAGCAUUCCCCGGUAGCUCCCUCCUUACCACGGCGGCCGCCGGACACCUGGUCCCCGCCGGCGUCGCGGAAGGGCUCUGUAAGGCCUAUUUCAUGGGCGGGAUUUUAUUCAACGGAGGGUCCUUCAUCUCUCUCUUUUGUCUGAUUUGUGACUGCUACAUUGCCAUCGAGAAGCCCCUUCGAUAUCCGUCCUUGUUGACGGCGAGACGGGCGUAUAACAUCAUCUGGUCCUGCUGGCUGUUGAUGAUCACUGUUACCGUGGCGUAUGGUGUGUAUUUUGGAACUCUACCGCACCACCAGCCAGACUGGCGAUGGUGCCUUGUAAGAGUCAGUUCUCUUAAAAAAGACCCUUAUAUCUUGGUACUGCUAGUCCACACCAGUGUGACCGUGGUAUUACCCUUAACAGUGACGUUUGCCUUGUGCGUAAGGAUCCGGCUGAUUGUUCACAAGCAUGAGAUACGCCUAGCCCGCUUCACUCCACCCGGUCACCCUUGUCGCCACCGUUCCAGCGAUACCACGUCGCUGACAACUUUCCUGAUGGUGAACUGUGGGGCUGCGUUAACUUCUCUACCCCUGAGCGUGCUCCUGGCCUAUUCUUACUGGACGGGUGAUUUCUCUAUGUAUGGCAUCAGUACAGCCAUGAUAGUCCGGUCUUGUAGCAACCUACUGAAUGUGCUUGCCCACACCAGACGGAACGGGGAGUUCCGAGCAGCCGCUGCACGCAUUCUGAGGCUACGCCAGGGCAGAAACUCUCACAGGAAUCCAGCUGCAUCACGGGUAACCAACACACAGCUGACUUGCUUGGCUCCUUCAACAGGUGGCGGGGUUAUAACGCACAAACGUUGA